UGCGCAGCUGUUAUAGAUUUUGCAGAGCCCCCAGUGCGCAGUUUUAAUUCGCAAUUCGCAAAAUGCUGAAGCUCAGCCUGAUCGCCUGGCUGCUGUUUUCACUGGCCUGGCGCACUACGCCCACCAAUUGCCGACAGACACGGCCCCCGCUCAGCAUUCAGCAGCUGCUGGCCCGUAAUCUGCAAAGCUAUAUGGAUACGACAGCGCGUCCGUGCGAGAACUUUUAUCAGUACGCCUGCGGGCGGUGGCAGCAGCAGCACAUCGAUCAGCUGGAAUUCGGAGACACUCUGGGGCUGCUCGACUACGAGCUGAAUCGUCGAGUGGAGCAGCUGCUGCGACGCAACGAUACGGAGUUCAAUGGCGUGUAUCAGAAGCUGCGCAUCUAUUAUCGCUCCUGCAAGAAGGUGAAGCCGUACAAUCUGAAGAAGUAUCUGCAGCUCAUCCAGCCCUGUUUCGAAUCGGGCUGGUAUCUGCUGGCACGGAAUGGGGCGCGUAAUUGGCAGGCCUCGAAGUUUGAUUGGCUAGCGGCUAUUGCCAAGCUACGCCUCUACGGACUCAAUGGUGUGCUGAUCAAGGAGGAGGUCUUGCCGCGCUGGGAUGAAUCGAAUAGUUACAGCAUCUAUCUGGACAAGCCGUUUCUGGUCGAGACGGCACCGAUGGGCCAGGGCGCCAUGAUCGAGCUGCUGCUAGACAUUGGACAGACGAAGCGCGUGGCCAACGAGGUGGCGCGGCAGGUGGAUGCCUUUGAACUGCAGCUGCAUCGCCUGCAAGAACUGGAGGACGAUGAGGGUCCCAAGGAAAUGCAAUUGGGUUACUUGCAACAAUAUAUGCCGCAACUGCAGUGGCUGGACUACAUUCGCCAGCUGCGCGGACCUGAUGCGGGGCUGGACUCCACAGUCAUCAUACAAAAUAUACCGUAUAUGAGGGCGCUUUGCCAACUACUGGAGCGCCUGCCACGCGAGACUAUUUGCAAUUACAUAAUGUUGCGGUUCCUGGCCUUCCUUAAGUUGCAGGGCCCAGCUGAAAUUUCUCGCCCGGAGUGCGUAGCCAGUCUGAGACGUGCCAUGCCGUUGGCUCUCAGUUGGUUCGUUGGCGAACAUUUCUAUGCGCGUCAAGCCGCCUACACGGAUGCUGCAGUGCAGCAACUCUUUGUGCGGCUUAAGCAACGUUUCGAUCACGUCAUUCGUGAGAAUCGACUGCAGCUGGAGCCGCCCAUUGUGCUGGCCCUGCGCCAGAAGUUGCAGGCCAUGCGUUUGCAGGUCGGCAAUUCGCCCAGGAACAGUUCACCCGAGUACUACGAAGAGUAUUACGAGCGCGUGGAGCUGCAUCCGCACAAUUUUUAUGUGAAUCAACUGAGUCUUUUGCGUCUCAACGUGGAGAAAAAUCACGAACAGCUUCAGGCGGUGCGUCUGAAUGUCAGCACUGAAGAGCCGAAUGGCAUUGUCGGCUUCAACGAUGUGGCCGGCAAUUCGAGUCACAUGCUAGCCGACUGGCUGGGCUCCUCAUCCUCGCCUUUCUAUGUGAAGCCACGCAACGUUAUUGUGGUGCCCUACGGAUUCCUGCAGGUGCCCAUCUAUCAUCGCAACAUGUCUCUGGUGCAGCAGUACGCGGUGCUGGGUUUCACGCUGGCUCACGAGCUGCUGCACGGCUUCGACUCAUCGGGCAUUGAUUACGAUAAUGUAGGCAACAUUAUGGGUCCCAGCGAGGAAAUCGCUGCAAAUCAGCGCUUUAUGCAAGGUCUGCGCUGCAUGCAACAAGAACUAGCCACCGGUUCCCGUUCACUGAAUGAGAAACUGGCCGAUUACGAGGGCCUGCGCCUCGUCUACGACACAUACUUCAAUAUGAGUUCGGGACGCACUUCCGUGGAGCCCCGUGACACCUUGCUGCCACAGUUCAGUCAACGACAGCUCUUCUUCAUUCACUUUGCGCAACAUUUCUGCGGUAAAGUGCAUCGUAAAUUGCGUCCCAACUCCUACAUGGAGCAUGCUGUAGACGAGCUGCGUGUGAUCCAGUCUUUGGCUAACUUUGAACAGUUCUCUCGAGAAUUCGGCUGCGAGAGACGCACGAAAAUGCAGUCCAAACAGCGAUGCAGAUUAUGGUGACCCAACUAUAUAUGUACAUUUUGUUCCUUAGUUCUAGCGCAUAGUUUUGUUAUCAAUAAAUAGACAAACUUUCUCUGACUA